AUGACUGCACAAUUGACGUCCUCUUCGAGUUCAUGCACCGAAUAUGGAUUGCGAAAGACGACGCGGUACAUCACAGGGCUGGGGCCCAGUGGAGAAAGCGUUACCCUGUUCUCACCUGACCUUCGCUUUCACGAUAGAGGAGGCUACGCAAUCACCCGCCUGUAUGGGCUUGAAAAUGUACCGGCAAAUCUUAAUGACGACAAAGAUUUAAAUGACUAUUUGUCCAUGGAUGGCCACAAUAACACCACUACCGCUCCAGCCACCAGUCAAAGCUCGUUUCAGCUCGUCACUCCAGGAGGUGCCAACUUCGUCCAAGGGGACUUCGGACCAUCCUCAUGUUCCGUGUGGCACAGGACUAUUUCUGUCGACUUUGUGACUGUAGUGGAAGGCGAGUUAGUGUUAGAGGUCGGCGAAGACAGUGAAGACUGCACAAAGAUACUAUUGAAAGCAGGUGACUCAAUUGUCCAGCGUGGAACAUUGCAUAAAUGGGUGAACCCAUCGUCCGAUAACCCUGCUCGAUUCGUCGCAACUCUAUUGGCUAGCAACCCUUUCAAACUUGGAGAAACCGUUGUACGACCGGUCUGGAUCCCGAAAGAGUGACAUAUAAAUGUCUCGGAACCGUUUAUGUUUGUUUAAUUAUGCACAAUGGAUAACAUAUGCUCUAGCUGUCAGAAUAUCAAAAUGGCCAAGCUUAGCCUCUUUAGACUAGUUGAAAUUCUUUCCGAUACCUUGAUCGGCUUUGGUGUAAAAGUGCAGCCCCUUCAGGAUGGAAAAUGGCGCGACCCAUUAAUGCAUUGUGUUCUCAAAAUUAC